CAUUUGCGCUUCCUUUCAGACUCAGUUUUUCUCUGUUUGAACAAAUUUUCAUUCAGUCGUUGUUCAUAUAUUUUCCGAGACGCAACACUCGAACAGUUUCGCCAUUUUUCUCGGUGCUCACGUUCGCGCAUUUUCUCUCGCGGAAUGAGCAGGGAUUCCGUUACGACGACACCGUUUCGUUGUUAAUUUAUCGCAUUGGAUUCGAGGACGCCAGCGAGGUUGAAUCGAUCGCAGAGAUGGCGGUGGCGCUCGCGGAGAAAGUUAAGAUCGGCGUCUGCGUGAUGGAAAAGAAGGUCUUCUCUGCGCCUAUGGGACAAAUUUUUGAUAGGCUACAAGCGUUUGGUGAAUUUGAGGUCAUACAUUUUGGGGACAGAGUGAUCCUUGAAGAACCAGUAGAGAGCUGGCCAAUAUGUGAUUGUUUGAUUGCUUUCUAUUCCUCGGGAUAUCCCCUUCAAAAGGCGGAGGCGUAUGCUGCUUUAAGGAAGCCUUUUGUGGUAAAUGAACUGGAGCCCCAGCACCUUCUUCAUGACCGGAGGAAAGUAUACAAGCGUCUUGAAAUGUUUGGAAUCCCCGUUCCAAGAUAUGCCCUUGUAAUUAGGGAAGUCCCGUACCAACAAUUGGAUUACUUUAUUGAGGAAGAAGAUUUUGUUGAGGUUCAUGGCAUGCGGUUUUUUAAGCCAUUUGUGGAGAAGCCUGUUGAUGCUGAUAACCACAGUAUAAUGAUAUAUUAUCCCAGUUCAGCUGGUGGAGGUAUGAAGGAAUUGUUUAGGAAGGUUGGAAAUAGGUCCAGUGAAUUUCACCCAGACGUGAGAAGAGUAAGGCGUGAAGGAUCUUACAUUUAUGAGGAGUUUAUGCCAACUGGAGGGACAGAUGUUAAGGUGUACACAGUAGGUCCUGAAUAUGCUCAUGCUGAGGCAAGGAAGUCACCUGUUGUUGAUGGUGUUGUUUUGAGAAAUCCUGAUGGGAAGGAAGUCAGGUAUCCAGUGUUACUAUCUCCUUUUGAGAAGGAAAUGGCAAGAGACGUUUGCAUUGCAUUCAGUCAAGCGGUUUGUGGAUUUGAUCUCUUGAGAAGUCAGGGACGCUCAUAUGUUUGUGAUGUGAAUGGAUGGAGCUUUGUUAAAAAUUCGUACAAGUAUUAUGAUGAUUCUGCGUGUGUGCUACGAAAGAUGUUGUUAGAUGCAAAAGCUCCUCAUCUUUCUUCAGUGGUUCCACCAACUUUACCAUGGAAAGUAAAUGAACUAAUCCAACCUUCUGAGCCUCUAACUCGUCAGGGUAGUGGUAUUAAUGGCACUUUUGGACAAUCUGAGGAAUUGCGAUGUGUAAUUGCUGUUAUUCGUCAUGGUGAUAGAACUCCAAAACAGAAGGUGAAGCUAAAGGUUACUGAGGAAAAGUUGUUGAACUUAAUGUUAAAAUACAAUGGUGGCCGACCCAAAUCUGAGACAAAACUUAAAAGUGCUGUUGAGCUGCAAGACCUUUUAGAUGCCACACGGAUGCUGGUGCCUCGCACAAGACCUGAUCUAGAAAGUGACAGUGAGGCUGAAGAUGUCGAGCAUGCUGAAAAGCUUCGUCAAGUUAAAGUAGUUCUUGAGGAGGGAGGACAUUUCUCUGGCAUAUAUAGGAAAGUUCAACUAAAACCACUGAAGUGGGUCAAAGUGACAAAAGGCAAUGGUGAAAUUGAAGAACAACCUGUUGAAGCUCUUAUGAUUCUUAAAUAUGGUGGCGUUCUUACGCAUGCUGGCAGAAAGCAGGCUGAAGAACUGGGAAGAUAUUUCCGGAAUAAAAUGUAUCCAGGAGAAGGUACAGGGCUACUUCGCCUCCAUAGUACAUACCGUCAUGAUCUGAAGAUUUACAGCUCUGACGAGGGUCGCGUGCAGAUGUCUGCAGCUGCUUUUGCCAAAGGUCUUCUCGACCUAGAAGGGCAGCUAACUCCAAUCCUGGUUUCCCUUGUUAGCAAGGACUCCUCCAUGUUGGAUGGGCUUGAAAAUGCCAGCUCUGAAAUGGACGAAGCCAAGGCUCGGUUGAAAGAAAUUAUUACAUGUAAAGCUAAGACAGGUGAUAGCAAUGGAUCAUCUGAAUUUCCUUGGACGGUUGAUGGAGCUGGAUUGCCACCCAAUGCAUCAGAAUUACUGUCCAAUUUGGUAAAGUUGACUAAGAAGGUUACUGAACAAGUAAGACUACUUGCAAAGGAUGAAAAUGAGAAACUUACAGAAAGAAACUUAUAUGAUAUAAUUCCUCCCUAUGAUCAAGCAAAUGCACUUGGUAAGACAACUAUUGACGUUGACCGAAUAGCUGCUGGAUUACCUUGUGGUAGUGAAGGAUUUCUACUAAUGUAUGCUCGAUGGAAAAAGCUUGAAACAGACUUGUACAAUGAACGCAAGGACCGCUAUGAUAUCACCCAAAUUCCUGACGUUUAUGAUUCAUGCAAAUAUGAUCUUUUGCACAAUGCACAUCUUAAUCUAGAAGGACUAGAUGAACUUUUCAAAGUUGCUCAGAUGCUUGCAGAUGGUGUAAUUCCAAACGAAUAUGGAAUUAAUCCAAAGCAGAAGCUGAAGAUUGGCGCAAAGGUUGCUCGUCGGUUGCUGGGGAAGCUUUUAAUUGAUCUGAGGAACACUCGAGAGGAAGCCAUUAAUGUUAUAAAGAAUAACCAAGAAGUUUCAUUAUCUGAGAAAAUUAAGAAAGAUGCAGAGGCCAAAUCAAAACUAUCCCAUAAGAAUGACGAAAUAGAUCAAGAUGAUGAUGAUGAUAAAGAGACCAAAUAUCGUUUAGAUCCAAAGUAUGCAAAUGUGAAGACACCUGACCGCCACGUGCGAACACGCCUAUACUUCACAUCAGAAUCACACAUACAUUCUCUUAUGAAUGUUCUUCGUUACUGUAAUUUGGAUGAAUCCCUUCAAGAAGAAGAGGGUCUUGUCUGCCGUGGUGCUCUAGAGCGACUAUCUAAAACAAAGGAGCUUGACUAUAUGAGCCACGUUGUUCUUAGGAUGUUUGAGAACACAGAGGUGGCUUUGGAAGAUCCUAGAAGGUACCGCGUAGAGCUGACCUACAGCCGUGGUGCUGAUCUAUCCCCCCUGGAGAAAGAAGGUAGUGAGUGUACAUCACUGCACCAGGAGCACACACUGCCCAUCAUGGGUCCCGAGAGGCUGCAACAAAUAGGAUCAUAUCUGACAUUAGAAACCAUGGAAAACAUGAUUCGUCCAUUUGCUAUGCCAGCAGAAGACUUUCCUCCUACACCUGCAGGAUUUUCGGGCUACUUCUCGAAAAGUGUGCUUGAUCGUCUCGUAAAUCUUUGGCCUUUCCAUAGGCAAUCCAGUAAUCUUGGAAAAUAGUCCUACACAUUUAUUUAAUCUGUCUUGCCACUUCAAUAUAUUUUUGCUUUUUCAAAAUCUAAUAUCCUUUGGAAUAGUUUUCUUUUAAUUUUAUUUUUUAUUUCUUAAAAUGUACAAAAAUUAUGUAAUUUGGUCCACCGAGGGGGCCGAAAUGCAUCAUCCCAUAGAAGAAUUAAAUAUAAAUAAAAUUUGAAUACAAGCGAUUUUAAAA